AUGACGGUUUUCGUUGUGUCUUUGUUUCUCCCCUAUACUGUCAAUUUUCAGCUCCCUGAAGGCCUGCAAACUAGGCGACCGUCAAGUCCUAGACAUCGACAUGUGAGAGAAGGAUCUUCGGAGCUUCACAGGAAACAAUUCAGUAGCCUGUUCUCCCAGCGCAGGAAACCAACUUCUCCAACAAUACCGGCAUUUCUCAAGGAACAAGUCCAACAGUAUGCCCUUACAUCCGACAAGUCUAGCAAGCCUAAGCCCAAGGUUGACCAAUCAGGCUAUCCGUUUCCUUCACCCGCGGAUCUUCAGCCGUUGGCUCCCAGCGAUCCCCACUCCCCAACUUGGGGGACUAAGGGAGUGUUCAAUCAACCGAAAGCAAUGCCGCUGCGUUCUCCGGCCCCAUCCAUCCUUGAUCAUGGUGUCGCUACUGACUCCAAAAAUGCGGCUGAUGCGAUUAAGCUGCUCACAUUAACUCAGCCAGACCCUGAGAACGACUAUUUUGCGGGGGCCGCAUGGACAAUAGUGCCGUCGGAACAAGGAAAUGGUGGGCUUCGGAAUGCCGUCCGCUCUACUGUCGACAGCAACGUUCUCGGGAGUGUAUUUUGGGUCGGAACUCUCGGCAUGCCGACAGAUGCAUUGGAUGAUCACACAAAGGACAACAUAGCCGAAAAACUCGAAGUGGACUAUGAUGCAUUGACUGUCUAUGUGGAUGAUAGCGAUUUUGAUGGCCACUAUCUCCACUUCUGCAAAACAAUUUUGUGGCCGGUUUUCCAUUAUCAGAUUCCUGACAACCCAAAGAGCAAAGCGUAUGAAGACCACUCAUGGGUCUACUACGUUCGAGUGAACCAAGCAUUUGCGGACCGUAUUGUUCGCAACUGGAAGCGUGACGAUGUGAUCUGGAUCCAUGAUUACCACUUACUAUUAGUGCCCUCUAUGGUGCGGAAACAACUCCCUGAUGCUCAGAUCGGGUUUUUCCUCCAUAUAGCAUUUCCGUCAUCCGAAGUAUUUCGCUGCCUGUCCGUCCGGGAGGAGUUGCUCAAGGGUAUGCUUGGAGCCAAUCUGAUAGGUUUCCAAGCUCAAGAAUAUUGUCAUCAUUUCUUGCAAACCUGCAGCCGCAUACUUACUGUCGAAGCAACGAAUGAAGGUGUCCAACUGGACGAUCGCUUCGUUAACGUGGGGACUUUCCCAAUUGGCAUUGACGUGAAGGGAUUGGACGGUAUACGGAGCAAUGACGAAGUUGCGCAAUGGAUGCGCAUAAUCAAGGAAAAAUAUGAGGGAAAGCGUCUUGUUGUGGCCCGUGACAAGCUGGACAAUAUUCGAGGCGUCAGGCAAAAGUUACUGACAUACGAACUUUUCCUCCGCAAAUACCCGCAGUGGCAAGACAAGGUGGUUCUAAUCCAAGUUGCCUUGCCGACGACGGAGCAAUCUGAGCUUGAUGCAACAGUAUCAGACAUCGUGACGCGAGUGAAUUCUGCCAACUUCAGCUUGGCCCAUCAACCUCUGGUCUUUCUGAAACAAGAUAUCGACUUCCCUCAGUAUAUUGCGUUAAUCUCCAUGGCAGAUGUUCUCAUGGUCACGAGUCUGCGAGAGGGUAUGAAUCUUACCAGCCAUGAAUUCAUCCAAUGCCAAAAUGGCCAAUAUUCCGAGAAAAAACAUGGCUCUCUGAUUCUUAGUGAAUUUACGGGAAGUGCUUCACUGUUCGAAGGACACUCGUUGCUUGUCAACCCCUGGAACUACAAGCAAUGCGCCGAGGCUUUGAAUACUGCCCUGGAAAUGAACCCAGAGCAGAAGCAGCGCAACUGGACAAAAUUAAACGACAUAAUUAUGAAACAUACUACGGCUAAUUGGUUCAAAACGUUCAUCGAGGCUCUCAGGAAGGCGUGGAGCGAGCAGUCACUUCGGGAUAAUGUGUCCAUACCUCGUCUUUCAGUCAAUGAUCUCUGCUCUAAAUAUAAACGGUCCUCACACCGUCUGUUCAUCCUCGACUACGAGGGAACCCUGGCAUCCUGGGGUUCCCCUACUAGCAUCGUGUUGACCACGCCAAAGCGGGCCAUUGAUACGUUAAAUGACUUGAUUGAAGAUCCCAAAAAUAUCGUCUACGUGAUGAGUUCUCGAAUGCCCGAGGAGAUGGAACGGCUCUUCCGCCGUGUCGCAGGGCUGGGUCUAAUUGCUGAGAACGGUCGCUACCUUCGCGAAGCCAACCAUGAGGACUGGGUACGGCUCGCGAGCGAGGAGCAUACGGAAACCUGGAAAGAAGGAGUGGCAGACAUGAUUCGGUAUUUCCAGGAACGCACAGAAGGCAGCUGGGUUGAACACAUGCACACAUCUCUAGUAUUCCAUUUCGCAAACGCAGAGGAUCCGCAGACGGCCGAACGACAUGCUUCCGAGUGUGCGAAUCACAUCAACGACACAUGCGCGAACCAUAAUGUCCACGCUGUUGUGGACAAGGAUGCUCUUAUCGUUGAACCCGUCUCCCCCAACAAGGCCACGGCUGCGAGUACGGUUCUAGAGGGCCUCCAGCGGUCCGCGAAGGGUUCUCCUCCUGCUACAAAUCAGGAGCCUGAUUUUCUCUUUGUUGUUGGAGAUGGGCGGGAGGAUGAGGUUAUCUUCCGCUGGGCGAACAAACUGGACGAGGAAGGGGUGAUCAAAAACGUUCUUACUGUGACGCUUGGGUCGAAGAAUACGGAAGCAAAAGCAACACUAACGCAAGGGGUGACUGGGGUACUUUCCUGCCUUCAGAAACUGGCGACCAUCUCGCAGGUAACGCAGUGA